UUGUUGCGUCAUAUUAUGUUCUCGUAGCUCAAGUCGCAAAACGGCGUUUGCAUGAGCGAGGGCGGGGGAGGGGAUUCAGCACUCGCGCGCGUUACACCACACUAACGUGUCGUCCUGUGAAAGCACAUCAUCUUGUCGAAAAACGUAGAGUGCAACGAGCGGGCAAAAAGUAUCGGAGGAACGAGAACGAUUCGUAAGGCGCGAUCGACUUUGGCGCGUGUAAAUGCUCGCGUAUCGCGUGACCGUUGAUCGGACGUAUCAGUGCGCGCGCGGCACAUCAAAAUGGCGUGAACCGAUCGUGUGCUUCUAGGUUAUAUUCGCUCGUGGCGGGCCACGAUCGCGGGUACAACGGAACGCUAAUAAGACGAACGAAGAGAACGAAGAAGAGGAAGAGGAAGAAGAAGAGAAAAAGGAAGAGGAAGUGAAGGAGGAGUAGGAGGUGAAGGAAGAAGAAAGAAAAGGAAGGAAGAAAGAAAGAAAGAAAGAAAGAAAGAAAGGGGAAAAGAAAAAAGUAAUACAAGAAGAGAACGACAAGGUCGUGAGCGUUGUCGGUAAAAGUAAAGGUGGCGACUACAACAACGGCCCCGACGAUACUAAACAGAAGGAAAAGGAGGAAAACGGCGACAACAACGGCAACGGCUACGACGACGAGUGCGAACGGAAUAACAACAACAACAACGACGACGACGACGCCGUCGACGCCGACGAGGACGGCGACGGCGACGUCGACGUCAACGUCAACGUCAACAAUAAAAAGAAGGAAAAGGAGAAGGACGACGCCGACAACGACGAAAACGACGACGACGUCGACGAAACACACGACGGAUACGAUUACGGAGCCGGUGGCAACGGCGACACUAAUCAGAACGAGAAGAAGGAGGACAACAACGAGGAGAACGAAAAUUACAAGGGCCAAAAUACGAGGGACCCUUUCCUCCUCCCCGUCCUCCUCCUCCUCCCCCUCUUCUUCCUCCUCCUCUUCUUAUUUUUCCUCCUACCUCUCUUCUUCUUCUUCUUCUUCUUUUUCCUCCUCCUUCUCCUCCUCCUCCUCCUCCUCUUCCUCCUUCACUUCCUUCUCUUCUUCUUCUUCUUUCGAAUCUUAUUACGACGACUCCACGUGCGUUCUUUUGCCAAGAGUUACAUGAGUUAUGAGGACGGAAUGCCCGCAGGCGGUAGCGGUCGUUUCCGCGGUUACCCUGCGCGGAUGUCCGAGCGACAACAACUCGCGCUUCUUCUGCAAAUGACCUCUCAGGAAAUGGUAUCGGGUGGAAAUCGUCCGGAAAGUCAGUCAGGACCGAAUAAUAAUACGAAUACUACGAGAUCGUCGACGUUGCAACAACAGCGAGGUUCCAAAGGUCGAUGGACCAAUAAAAAUGGAGAAUCGUCUGUUCAAUCGUCGAUUGGCCGUAAGGAAGAUUUUCGUGUGCGGCCAGUACUUGUGAAUGGUUACGAUCUUAAUGCGAAGGAAUCUGCUAGCGACAUUCCAGGUGCAAACUCGCCCAACGAGUCGUCGACUACGUGUACGGUAACAGCAACAACGACGACGACGACAAUAACAACAACGACAACUGCGACGACGAUCACUACCGAUAGUCCAAAUCGUUCUCCCCAAAUCGAGAACCCAGACGCAACGCCGGUUAUAACGACAAUUGUUUCGACAACAACAGCAACGACAACUACGUCAACUGGUACAACGGCAACAUCAUCGAAUGAGCAACAAGAACAACAGCAAUCUUCGUCGUCGCUUUAUCAGCAACACUACAAUCAUCACUCACAGUAUCAACACCAACAGCAGCAACGCACGACCGGAAGUGCGUCAAUCGCUGCACCGCACGUCGCCGAAGACAGUGGAGCCCCCUGUGAAAUGCGGAGGACACCACCACAAAAUAAAGUCGAUAGAUCGGGAACCGGGCAGUCUGGAAGCUCGCCGAGGGUGACGCUCCGGCUCAACCAGGUACGAGGAGCGAGGGAUGAGAAAAAAGGGGGUGCAUCAAACUCCCGUCAGGGUGCUAUAAACGCACAGAGUCAGGGACAAAUGGAAUCGUCGUCGAAGAUGCCAUUAAGUGGUUCAUCGGCUAUCACAAACGUCUCUGGAUCGAGUGGAUCUGGAAAUGCAACAUCUACCGCAGACAACGGUGACGUUUAUGAGUUCAAAAGCUCGAAAGAACCUACGCCAGUAAGAGGCACGAGUUCUUCACCGAAUCCCAAUCCUGAAAAGGAUAAGGAGAACGGAAAAUCAUUAUCCGGACAGAUAAAUCAAAACAAUGGUAAUAAUGCAACAACGACCGGUGGAUCGACAACGACUACUACCGAUUCCACAGCUGCUUCUUCCACAUCCGACGAUCCCUCAUCGAUUUCCUCAUCACCCUCGACUAAACGAGCUUUCGAGGGUGACAAUGCCGAUGAUCAAGACGAAGAAAAUCGGCGAAAGAAGCGUAAAGAUACGGAAAAUGUAAAGGACGGUGUUAAGAGUACACCAACUGGAAGACAAAGUACUGGCAGAAAUGCCACAAAUGCAGGAGAAAAAUGUACGAAAUCUGGAAAGCAAAGUUCCAAUGCUGUAUCCAGUAAAAAUAAUCAAAACGCGGCCUCCAAUGCUGCGGAUAGAAAAAGUCCGAGUACAGCUUCGAUGGCGAGCAGUCCUAAACCUUCGAAUGCACCUGUUGGUUCCACAACAAAUACGAAAACUGCAACGCCCGUAUUACCUGAAUCCGACGGUGAAGAUGAUCGUUCUAAAAGUUCUGAUUCCGGUUCGGCUCCUAAAGUUCCACCUUUGAAAAUAGUUAUACCACAAAGUACUACGUCUGAACAAGAACAGGGUAAUAGAAAUGGAAAGAAUACAUCCAAUAGAAGUCAUCAGUUGCCUUACGUCGUAGCUAGUUCUAAUAGUAACGAUUCAACGGAUAAAGAUCAAAAUCAAUCUGCCAGCGGUACAACUAGUCCUACGGAAAAUGGAAGUGGGACAAAGGUCGAUGAUAAAAAAGAUUUUACUGGUACUCUACAUUCUGAAGAAAGAUCGACCCAUCAUCAAAGAGUUCUUAGAAGUUCGCAUAGAACUGGUAAUGGUAAUAAUGGUUCAACAGCAUCAAAAGAAGUAUCAGGAUCUGGUGCUGGUAAUGGUAACUACUCAAAUUCUUCUCCUUUACCUGUAGCUACGACCGAUCGAUCUAACAAUUCUUCGCCACAACAAAGACAUCAUUCUCCACCACCCGAGAACACUAAUUCAGAAUCUAAUAAACCUACUUCUGCGGAAUCAUCGAAUACUGGAACUAUAACAAAAACGAAUACAGCUACAGAAAAAUCGGAAAAGAAUACCGAAUCUACAGGAAAAAAUCAAAAAGAUACAGGAGUAGAAAAUUCUGAAAGUAAUACUACUGCGGCUUCGUCUGCUACUUCUAAUACAACUACUUCAUCUGCUCCUGUUGAACUACAUCCUAGAAAAAGAAAAAUGAAGCCUAAUAAAGAAGCACAACAAGCUGCAGCAACAGCUGCAGCUAAUGAAGCAGCGGAAGCGAAUAAUACAGGACCAGAAGUACAUCCGCAUGAUCAACCUAUUACUAAUUGUUACCAAUUAUUCCUAAAUAUUAGAAAACAGAUUGAACGAAGAAGAAAAGGCCUAUUUCCAGUUCAACCAAAACCUCCUCAAGGUUUUAAAGAUUAUUUGAUGAAUCGCUGUACAUAUGUAUUAGCUGGAAAUGCAAACAACGAACCGAAUGUUAAUCCACCAGUUAGUUUGCAAAGUCUUAUGAAAGAUUUGUAUAUAGAACAAGAAAAAGAGAGAUAUCGACUUAGGAUGCAACACGUAGUAGAGAAAGAAAAAUUAGUAUUAUCUGUGGAACAAGAAAUCCUUAGAGUUCAUGGCAGGGCGGCCAGAGCUUUAGCCAAUCAGUCACUUCCUUUUUCAGUUUGCACUAUUCUUAAAGAUGAAGAAGUUUAUAAUGUCAUUACUCCAGAACAAGAAGAAAAAGAUAGAAAUGCACGAAGUAGGUAUAAUGGGAGAUUAUUUUUAAGCUGGCUGCAAGAUGUUGAUGAUAAAUGGGAAAAGAUAAAGGAAGCAAUGUUGUUACGACAUCAUAACGAAGCCGAAUCCUUACAUGCCGUUCAAAAAAUGGACUGGGAAUGGAAAUUAAAAGAAGUUGGACUUUGUGAAUUCAAAGCAACACCUCAAAUAGAAGAUGUUCAUGUUCCGAUGGUACAUGUUUCAGAUGACUUUGACUUAUUACCUGCUUAGUAUACAGUGACUGAACAAUCAUAUUGUACGUUUCUAUCAUGUACCUUUAAAUUAACUUUAAGGAUGGUCGUUAUUUAAUCUGUGAUCUCUUCAUUAAUAUAUCUGCUCUUUUGCACUUAUUUUUCAUAUAUAGGUUUUCAUAUAAUGUAUGACAAAUGCAUCCCGAGGCUGUAGGUAGAAUUGGUAUGAAAUAGUUAGAAUGAGAAUAUUCGUAUUCUUUUAACUGAUUUUCUAAAAUCAUUACAAGAUUUUAAUUAAUCUUCUAUUCAAUUAAACUUAUCCUUUUAAAUGCAUUAUUCAAAAUAUGCAAAAGCUUGAUUGCUUAAAGAGGCAAAACUUUCAAUAACUUUGUACAAAGUUUAUCAUUCUAUCAAUCUCAAAUGAAGACUCAUUAAAAACGAUCAUUAACUAUGAUCAAAAUUUCAAUAAUGUUUCUUAUAUAGGAAACAAAAGAUAUUUAAUUUUCAAGUAUUGGUUUGUACAUAUUUUGUAACUAGUUAUAUGUAUCAUAAAUAAAUUAAUAAUGUAUAGUUUCUCUUCAAAAUAAGAAAAAAUGUGUAUAAUAAAUGCGAAUGCUUUGAGAUAUUAAAUUAUAAUGUUUAUCUUUUAUUUUCAGUCUUAUCAGAGAAAUUUUCUUCAGUAGUUACAUUAUUUAAAUUAGGAUUACCCAAUUUGUAAUCUAUUGGUUUAUCAAAUCCCAUUAUUUUUUGAUAAUGAUUGAAAUCAUUAAAAUUAUUUUCAUCAAAUAGUAAAGGCUUGCCUUUAAUAAGGCAUGUUGUAAAUAUACCACUAAUCUCUGGUAUUACGACAUCAUCUGGUGUAAAUUCAAUCUGUAAAAUAUAAAUUUUAUCUAUAACUUUUUUACAAAGUAUAAGAACCUUUAGAUUUAUAAAAAAAUAUGUUAAAUACUUUGUUCUCAAGAAGAAAUAAGCUGUAGGUUGUAGCAAGGUAUUUAUCUCUUUCAGAAUCAUAAUAAAUAAAUGUCACAUAUCUCUUUGUUAGUAUGUGUAAAAGUAAAGUCAUAGUAAUUGAGAGGACUCCUAAUAUGAUGGAUCCUGCGAUACCCAUUGUACUGUCCAUUGCAAUAGACUGCAUAAUAAAAUAAGGUUGUAUCGCAAUUGCAAACGCCGAUGAUGAUAAAGAAAAUAUCUUCAGAUUACGAAUGUAUCUCUUCAAAAUCCCAUCAUAGAUUUCUAAAGAUUUUCCUUGAGAAUAUUCUUGAUUGUUGUGAACAGCUCUCUAAAAAAAAGUAUAAUAUAUAAUCUGUCCCAAAUUUAAUAUUAUAAGUUAAAUAUCAAACACUCCUUAAUAUAGAAACUAUUCGAAUAAAUAGAAGAUAGAUCGCACUAUUUAUCAUUUAUAUACAAAAUUUUAGAGAAAAGUUAAAAGAAAAAUUUGAAUACAAUGCUUCUUAAUAAAUUGUAAUUCUAACCUUAACAUCAUUACUAUAACAGUUCAUACGGAGAUAACUGCAACUCAAGUUCUUAGUAUUUUUAAAAUAAAUUUCACACUUUUGUCGUAAAUUAGCUCGUAGUAUCAAGGACAUUUUUUUAAAUAAUUUAUAUUAUAAGCCAAAUUUUAUUUUCUAAGUAAAACAAUAAGCUCAGACGCUUAACAUUCAAAUAUAAAAUGCACCACUUGUUUUUAAUAACAAUAACAAUUAAAAUGUCUACUUAUUUUCUUUGAAUAAUUGCACAUGCAAAUAGUCGAACAUUUUAUAAGAUUUUUUUUUUUUUUUUUUUUAUAGCGGCAGUACUAUUCGCGUAUGUACUUCAUGUAUUUCAUCGGCUUGCCAUCUGGUGAAAGAAAACCUGAACCACAAAUUUUAUUAUAACCUUUACGUAUCGUGUGUGUACGUGUGUAUGUGUAUGAUGUGUGCGAAUUAAAUAUAUGCAUAAAUACUAAAAAAAUUUUUCAUUUUUGAAUCGUUUAUGAAUAUUAAAUUCGUAAGAAAGUAACAAGUUAUAUAAGGUCACUUUUAUGUAACAUUGAGGAAUAUAA